UGGCGAUCGAUGAUAUGCAAUAAUUUUCAGUGUGAAGCAUGAAACUAGCAAGAACUUUCAGCGCACCUUCUUUUUCCGACGUAAUUUAAGUGGAUCUCAACAGCUGCACAUGAUUACAUGAAGCAUGUUGCUGCACCUUGUAACAUAUCCCCAGCUAACAUUGAUUCUUUCCACAUCAUGGAAACGGAGUAAAAGUAUGCCACAUGUUCUUUCUUCUAGACUAGAUCAAUUCCAUGGCGAUCUGGGUGACCACUAACGAAAGAAGGCUCCCUUGAUUGCGCUAUGUUACGGAAGGUAGAGUUUGAGCAGCAUAUCACGCUCAUCGGCUCCAUCCAGAACAACCACAUUGUGCCACUGCGGUGGUAUUACCGUAAAAACGAUGAGAGGUUACUACUGUAUGAUUUCAUCUCCAUGGGUAGCCUAGCAAAAGCACUUCAUGGUAAAGGUUCUGGCCCAGCUCCACUGGACUGGGAGCAGCGGUUGGCUAUCUCACUAGCUGCUGCGCGCGGUGUGCAGGCUAUCCAUUUAACUGGACCAUCGAGCUGCCAUGGCAACAUCAAAUCUUCCAACAUCCUGCGCACCGGAACCCACGAUGCAUGUGUGUCGGAGCACGGCCUGAUAACACUACUUGACAAGUAUUCCAAUGCCUCGGGCUACCGCGCGCCUGAGGUCACUAGCAAUAGGCGGGUUUCUCAGAAAGCCGACGUGUACAGCUUUGGCAUCCUACUGCUAGAGCUUCUAACCUGCAAGGCUCCGGUAAAUAGCACAAGGGAUAUGGAGGGAGCUCGUUUGGCACAGUGGGUGCGUUCCAUUGUUCAUACUGAGUGGACUGCGUUGGUGUUCGACGUGGAGCUCCGAGGACGGGAGAAGGACGGGAAAGAAGAGUGCAUGGUGCGACUUCUGUGGCUUGCCUUAAACUGUUGCAGUGAAUAUCCCAACAAGAGGCCUACAAUGCCUAAAGUUGUGCAGCAGAUCGAAGAGAUCAGAAGAGAAAGUAAACUAGCUCCAGCCAAAACACCAUCUCUGGAAAGCAGUAGCAGUUGCCAAAACAUGAGAACUGUAGCUCCAGCUGAAAAGAUGCCAUCACAAGAAAGCAGUGACAGUACCCCCAAAACGGGAAUUGUGGCUGCACUCAAAGCGGCACUAUCACAGCAUGUGAAGCUAACUAGUACACAAAAUGUGGGAACUUCUAUCAUUGGGUCGACAAUGACACGCCAAUUGUUCGACCUGAAAGACCUGCUUGGGGCAUCGACUGAAGUUCUGGGCAAGGGUACAGUCAGGACAACAUACAGAGCAACACUAGAUAGUGGGUAUAAGCUGGUGGUCAAGAGGCUGAAAGAUGUGGACUUGGAGGAGGCGGUCUUUAAGCGGCUUGUUACGCUGUUUGGUGCCAUCCAGAACAAACACAUAGUGCCACUUCUAUGGUAUUACUGCAGCAAGGAUGAGAAGUUGCUAGUGUAUAAUGUAGUCCCCACGGGUAGCCUAGCAAAAGUACUCCACGGCGACCAAGGUUCUGGCCCAGGUCCACUGGACUGGGAGCAGCGGUUGGCUAUCUCACUAGCUGCUGCGCGUGGUAUGCAGGCUAUCCACUUAGCUGGGCCAUCGAGCUGCCAUGGCAACAUCAAAUCUUCCAACAUCCUGCUCACCGGAACCCACGACGCAUGUGUGUCGGAGCAUGGCCUGAUAACACUUGGCAUUUAUUCCAAUGCCUCCGGCUACCGUGCACCUGAGGUCACCCGCAAUAGGUGGGUCUCCCAGAAAUCUGACAUGUACAGCUUCGGCAUCCUACUGCUGGAGCUUCUCACCCGCAAGUCUCCACUGGAGAAGAGAUUUCAGGAUGACGGGGGAGUACAUUUGCCACGGUGGGUGUGUUCCAUUAUACCUGAGGAGUGGACGGCGAAGGUAUUUGACGUGGAGCUCCUAGCACGGGGGCAGAAGGACGGGAAAGAGGAGUGCAUGGUGCGACUUAUGCAGCUUGGGCUAAAGUGUUGCAGUCAAGAUGCUGACUCGAGGCCUACAAUGUCUGAUGUCGUGCAGCGGAUUGAGGAGAUCGGACAGUCCUAAUUGCUGACAAAGAACCUCACACAUCAUAGUGAGUGAAAGUUGCUGGGCCACAGUUGCAUUCAAAUGUCAUAUAUUUUCAGUACCCCCUUUCAACUGGUUAUCCCAGAGAACGAUAAAUAAAUUUUGACGAUAAAUUUAUCUCAGAGAACUACUAUCCUGAAAAAGACUUUCACUGCAAGUUAGUAAAUUGUAAUAGAUCACCUGUCCUACAUGUUAUUGGCAUAUAUACCCUGCACUUUUCCAAAUAAAAAUAAAAAUUGGCAUAUAUACUCUGCACUUUUCCACAGUGGCGGAGCUUUGUGGAGAGCAACCUGGGCCAUUGCCCCCCCAGUCCAUAAGAAAGUUAGCAAAUAUCCUCUAGUAUUCAGCCCAUAUGUCCAAUUAAAAUCAGCCUAAAAGCAUGUUUCUUGCCCCUCCAGCCCAUUUGCCCCUCCACAAAUUCAGCCCAAGCUCCGCCACUGCUUUUCCAAAUUAAACGUUGGGUUCAUGAUUCUACCAGCUAAGCUGGGAUGCUUAGAUAUAUGUGAAAACUAAAAUACCUGUUAUAUGUUUCUUUACAAAAUUAUAACCAGCGAAGAAAAACUAAUGAAAAGAUGCAAUCAUGUUUGCUUUUAGACUCAUAUUUCCGGAAAAGAGACUAUCCUAUUCUUCUUCGUGUCCAAUUACAAUUACAAUAAAAAUUAAUAAGCUUCGAUCUUUUUUCAGUCAUUCAACAUAAAUAAAGCAUAAAUUCUACUUACAGAUUACGGAUGAAACAGAACACAUCAAGCCAAGAAUUACAGUGUUCAGUACCUUGCUCAAGCAGGAGUAGCGUGAACCGACCACCUCUCCGAACGAAGUCGACGCACGCUUUCCCAGUACUUUCGCUUAUGCAUCCGUGCCUCGUGUAGCAGCUCCACCGGCGCCGGCGUAGGCGCUGCCUCGCUGGAGCAGACGGUGCACUGCAGGGUGCGGGGAGGGAGUCAGGGAGAUGCCGCAUCGGGCGCCAGUCGCUUGAGGUGGAGGCGCUCUCCGGAAAGGUGGGCUCGGCUGCGCCAGAGUGGAGCCGGGAGCAGUCGGACGACCUGGACUGGACGGAGGCGGCGGCGGCGGCGGCUUCGAGCUCGAGUGGGCUGGACGACCUGGACGAAGAGAGAGAGGCAGACGUGGGCAAUGGGCUGGA